GUCUGCAGGAAGUGUCUCUCAGCCUCCAGCAGGGAUAAAGGAAGGACCCCAGAGAUUUGCCCGCCUAGCUUGACUCCCCGGCAGGGGCCGGGGCCUGGGAAGACCAACCAGCCCUUCCCUACCGUGGAGCCCCAGGCCUCCAUAUUCCCGCUGGAGUUCUUCCUGAGGUUCGCCAUGUCUUUGUUGUGCUUCUUACCUGAAGUUGUAGUCUGUUAAUCAGCAGAUACUUAUUGAGUGCCUGCUGUGUGCCAGGUACCGUGCUAGUUGCUGGCGUGUGCUGUUAAUAGACUAAUUUUGGGUCCACCGGAGAGACCUGGCUACUGGCAUCAGGACAUCCGCAUACGUUCAUCAAGAAGUCCACCAAUAUUUGUCAAAUACCAGAUGUACAUUUGGGAAACAAUAUUUGAAACAUAGUCCUCAGCCAAAAAGACCUUUCUCCAGCUACAAAGCUCAACAUGUAUGAAGCUUUACUGGGUUCUGCUCCUGAAAAUGAAGACAGCCUUGUGAAGGUAAAAGUGGAAGAUCCCACUUGGGAGCAGGUGUACAACACACAGGAGGGCAGCUCCCACACUCGGGAAUUUUGCCGCCUGAGAUUCCGGCAGUUCUGUUACCAAGAGGCUCCUGGGCCCCGGGAGGCUCUGACCCAACUUCGAGAACUCUGCCAACAGUGGUUGAGGCCAGAGAUGCACACCAAAGAGCAAAUACUGGAGUUGCUAGUGCUGGAGCAAUUCUUAACCAUCCUGCCCAAGGAGCUGCAGGCCUGGAUGCAGAUGUAUUCUCUGCAGAGUGGGGAGGAGGCAGUGACAAUGCUAGAGAAUCUAACCUCUGGACAUGGAGACACAGGACAGCAGGCCUCUUUCUAUAUUCAGGGACAAGACAUGCACCUAGUGAUGACACAAUAUCAGGAAGCCUCUUUGGAGUGUCAGCUCCUGCCUGGGGUAACCACCCUGACAUGUGAACCUCCUCAGCUUCCCCAAGAAGUGAGUGAGUUUACUCCCCAGGAACCAGCCCUUCUCCGAGAGGAAAAUUCCAGAAAUACGACAGCAGUGCUUGAGUUUAACUCACCCAGGUUCCAGAUGUCAGCGAAGACUGGGGAGGGAGAAGCCCAGGCCUUUGCCCUAGCAGAGUGGCCACAUCUGAGUCUGGCUCAGAGGAACCUCUGUGAGAAUUCAGCUCAAGAAAAGGUUACAAGCCUAAUGAAGCAAGACAUUUCUGAAGCAAUGGAUCAAGGUAGGAAGACUUCAGGAAUACCCAACAGAGACUGUGCACCCCACAUCUCUUGUAGCUCUUCUGUCCCUACUGAAAAGACAGUCUCAAAUUUGAACACUCUAAAGGACCGUCAUCCACCCCGUGACUCCUGGGCCCGGAUGCACAUUGCAUCCUUGCAGUAUGCAGCAGGAGAUAUUACCCGAAAAGGAAGAAAAAAAGACAAAGCUCGAGUGAGUGAACUGCUCCAAGGUCUUGCAUUUUCUGAUGACUCAGAAGUGGAGGAAGAUGAGCCUGAGGCUCAGCCUCAAAAGAAGCUAAAGGUGUCAAGUGUCCCAGAAAAAAGUUGGACCAAAAGAGACAUUAAGCCAAACUUUCCCAGCUGGUCAGCACUGGAUUCUGGACUUUUAAAUCUCAAGAGUGAAAAGUUGAACCCAGUAGAACUCUUUGAAUUGUUUUUUGAUGAUGAAACAUUCAACUUGAUUGUCAAUGAAACCAAUAAUUAUGCUUCUCAGAAAAAUGUUAACUUAGAAGUCACAGUUCAGGAAAUGAGGUGUGUAUUUGGUGUCCUGCUAUGGAGUGGAUUUGUAAGGCGUCCCAGAAGGGGAAUGUACUGGGAAAUCUCUGAUGCUGAUCAGAACCUGGUUCGAGAUGCAAUUAGAAGGGACAGAUUUGAGUUAAUUUUCUCGUACCUGCAUUUUGCAGAUAAUAGCCACCUAGAUCAAAAAGAUAAAUUUUCAAAAUUGAGACCUCUCAUAAAGCAAAUGAAUAAAAAUUUCCUCUUGUAUGCUCCCCUAGAAGAAUACUAUUGCUUUGAUAAGUCAAUGUGUGAAUGCUUUGAUAGUGACCAAUUUCUGAAUGGAAAGCCUCUUAGAAUUGGCUAUAAAAUUUGGUGUGGUACAACCACACAGGGUUAUUUGGUUUGGUUUGAGCCCUAUCAAGAAGAAUCAACUAUGGAGGCAGAUAAGGAUCUUGACCUUGGGUUAGGUGGAAAUCUAGUGAUGAACUUUGCUGAUGUUCUUUUAGAGAGAGGUCAAUAUCCCUAUCACCUGUGUUUUGAUAGCUUCUUUACAAGUGUCAAAUUGGUGUCAGCUUUGAAGAAAAAGGGGGUGAGGGCAACAGGAUCAAUUCGUGAAAACAGGACUGAAAAAUGUCCUCUUAUGAAUGUAGAACAUAUGAAAAAAAUGAAGAGGGGGUAUUUUGAUUUCCGAGUGGAAGAAAAUGAUGAAAUAAUCUUAUGUCGUUGGCAUGGUGAUGGUAUUAUCAGUCUGUGCUCCAAUGCCAUAGGCAUAGAACCAGUCAGUGAGAUAAGUUGUUCUGCUGAUGGUGAAGAGAUCCCACAGGUAAAUCAACCAUGCAUAGUAAAAUUGUAUGAGGAAUGCAGGAAAGGUGUAGCUAAAAUGGAUCAAAUUGUUUCCAAAUAUAGAGUGAGGUUAAGAAGCAAGAAAUGGUAUUCAAUUUUGGUGAGCUACAUGAUUGAUGUAGCUAUGAACAAUGCAUGGCAACUACACAGAGUCUGUAACCCAGAUUCCUCUUUAGACCUCUUGGACUUUCGGAGAUGUGUUGCACAUUAUUACUUGGGACAGGAUGCUAGUCUUCCAGACUAAGGUAGAUAAACAAAAUGCAUACAGUAAAAAGAUAGUAAAACCACAACUACCACAUUUGGUUGUAUCUUACCAAAGCAAAUCUGAUGCAUAUAAUGCAAUUAUUGAGUAACUACUAUUUUUUUAAAUGAGACAUUUAUAUAAAAGAGUUUCAAAGACUAUUAUAAGAAAUAAUGUUCAAAGUUAUCUGACAAUGUUGAACUCCAGUGGUACUUUUCUAUAUGUCUAAUUUGUAUCAUAUGUUAGAAAUCAUUUGUUGAAUUUAUUUUGUGCAUUAAAAGAAUGGAAUUCUCCCUC